AUGAUUUCCAACAGAAAAGAGCUGCUGAGUGAAAUAGAAAACCAAUUAUUACAAUUAAGUAACAAACAAGAAUCCCCACAUAUAGAUCAUAAUGAUGUAGUUGCCAUUUUAGUAGAUACAUAUAAGAAGAAAGCAAAACUAGAUAAAAAAUAUCUGCCACUAAACAAUCUAAUACAGACUACAUUUAUGUCAUUAUUAUAUAAUAAUAUAGACAGAAAGGCCCAAAAUACUACUAGUAAAACCAGAAUAAGCGAAAUUACUAAUAUACUCUGUAACACAGAACAAAUCAUAACUUCUCUUAUGGAGAUGUCUGAGGAAAUAAAGAACAAAGAGCAAAGAACGGCAUAUUAUAAUAUGAUGAACACUACACAUCUGUUUAUGAUGAAAUAUCCUGUAGUUAGCUGUAGUGUGAAAGAGACUAUAAAAGAAAUAAUAAGUGGCUUUUGUGGUGGGUACUCAAAAAAUGAGAAUAUUAAAGAAGAUGAAGCAAUACUGGAUCUUUUAGAGUUAAAUGAAUCUAAAGGUUAUUCCAGGCUACAGAGAGUAUUAGAAAUAGUAACAACAUUUGAAAGUAUGCAAAUAAGAGAAAAUAAGAAUGAUAGAAUGGAAUCAUUUGGCAAACAAAUUAAGUUAACAAAGGACGAUUUCUAUUCAUUCCAUUUAUUUUUAGCAAUUACUCCUAAUAGUAGUAAAAUACUGAAAAAACUAAUAGAAAGCUUUAAAUUCAUUAAAACAUCCAAUGAUUUAAGAAAAAGCGAACAUAAGUACAUAUAUGACACCUUGUUCUUUUUCCUGGUAAACCAACAGUUCCAACCAGUGGAUGUUGAUAAUUGCAGAAAUCUAUUUAAAGCUAGUAUAGAAGUAUUAGAGGCACUGUCUGGUGAUGUAUACGCCAACUUUUCUGAAAGUGAGAUGGAGAGCCUACUUAAAGAACAUAACAUCACACCCUCUACGUUCAAGUUGAAUAUAAUUAGAAGAUUUGGGCAGAGCAUUAAAAACCAGCUGGAUGCUAUUUUUAGUAGGCCAAUUGGAAUUAAAAGAGAGGUAUUUUUAGAUCGAAAAAAAGAAUGGGCAUUCUACACAGAUGAAGCGGUGCAUACAAACUAUAAUAUGAAAAUACCUGAGGCAACCCUAAUCAAUACUAUAGCAACAUUGGAUGGUUUAGAUGGGAGUCUGAUGCCGAUAAGAAGUAGUGAGGUAGAUGCCAAAAAAAAUAUAUGGAGGAAGAGGGCCAUUAUAAUCGCAUUAAUUCUACUAAUAGUUGCUGCUGUUCUGUAUUCAAUAUAUUCUAGAAGAGCAAUAAUGCAUAAGAAAGUGGCUAAAAGAUGGUGGUAAAGCCAUAUACACGAAUUGAAAUAGAAAAAGAGAGCAUUGCCAUGCAAAUUUAAGCUAUUUUAAACAAUUCACUAGAAGAUUGGCGUGUGAUAAAAUUUAAGAGGACUCAGGGGUUUUAGAAGAUUAAAUAAGAGCACAAAAUAAUUUCAAUGGGAUAAUUAACACAUAAAAAUACAUAGAAAUA